AUAAAUUAUUAUUGUAUACUGCUUCUGAUGAGUGCGGUAAAAUGUGGUUGCAACUAGCAGUAUUUAUUGGCUUGGUGUUCAUCUCGAAUGCAGCGGAUUCAGACAGUAAAAAACACGUCGUCUGUUAUGUGGGAACUUGGGCAGUUUAUCGACCCAACGAGGGAAGCUUUAGUGUGGAUAACAUAGAUCCAUUUCUCUGCACACAUUUGGUAUACGCUUUUAUGGGCAUUAAAGAGAGCGGAGAGCUGCGCAUUAUUGAUCCCUAUCUCGAUCUGGAAGAUAACGGAGGCAAGGGCAACAUUAAGAAGUUCAAUGCCCUCAAAUUGAAGAAUCCCACAUUGAAAACAUUGAUGGCAGUUGGUGGCUGGAAUGAGGGCUCCAAACGAUUCUCAAUUGUGGCCAGUGAUCCCGAGAAAAGGGCACUCUUCAUAGAGCAGGUGAUCGAGUUUCUGCAGCACCAUGGAUUCGAUGGACUGGACUUGGAUUGGGAGUAUCCAGGACAACGACACAAUCUGACGAAUGCCAAUGAUCGUGCCAACUACAUAACGUUUCUCAAGGAACUAAAAGAGGGAUUAAAUCCUUUUGGCUAUUUGCUGACAGCUGCUGUGGGAUCAGCUAAGUUUUCGGCGGAGCAAUCAUACGAUAUACCAGCUAUUUUACCAUACUUGGAUCUAAUCAACGUCAUGGCUUACGAUAUGCACGGUCCUUGGGACACAACAGUCGGUAUUAAUGCGCCUCUAUACGCUGGACCCAAUGACAAAACGCCGCGUGAGAAGCAGUUGAAUGUGGAUGCGGCGAUCAAGUAUUGGUUGGAUGCUGGAGCACCUCCAGAGAAGCUAAUACUUGGUGUGCCCUUUUAUGGACGCACAUUUACCUUGACAUUUGCCGAGAAUCAUCAGCCAGGCGCUGCCCACAUUGGACGUGGCAUUGCAGGACACUAUUCACGUGAGCCUGGCGUCUUGGGUUACAAUGAACUGUGCCGUUUGAUGGAGCAGGAGCUGUGGUCGCAGGAAUGGGAAACAGAGCAACAGGUUCCUUAUGCCUACAAGGAUCGCCGCUGGGUGGGCUUUGAUAAUGAACAGAGCUUGAUGCUAAAGGCACAAUAUGCCAUGGACAAACAAUUGGCAGGUGUUAUGGUCUGGUCAUUGGAAUCAGAUGACUUCAGGGGCAAUUGUGGCAACAACAGUUACCCGCUGCUUAAGCAAAUUAAUCGUGUGCUAUUUGGCAGGGAAACACCCACAGGGCUGAAAGCUGAGGCGGAGACAGAAGAGGAGGAAUAUCGCUGCCCAGGCGAUGUUGGUUAUGUGCGGGAUGAGAAGAAUUGCUCACGGUUUUAUUUUUGUUAUGAGGGGGCAACGUUCAAAUUUGACUGUCCUGCGGGUCUACGUUAUGACUACAACAGCAGCAAUUGCAACUAUGCCGAAUUAGUAAAAUGCUAAUGCUUUUUUUAACAUCACCACCGAACAA